AUGCGUCAUGUUGGCUAUCUCACACUGGCAGCCUCCGUACUCGUCAGCGCCGACGCUGCACAGCUAAGCGACGACUUCAAGUGGCCUGGUUGGUUGAACGCAUUGGGUGGUAAGGGUGAUGCCAAUAGCAAGUUACGCUGGCCACAUUGGGUUGAGGACAACCGCAGCGACAGCGGUUACAACAGCACCAAUGUUACGACCUUAAUCGGCGACAACGAUACAGGCGUUGAGCGGAGCGGUGGCGACAUCACAAACGUCACACUCAAGGCAUCAGCGACCGCAGUGCCAACUGGCGGCAGCGAUGGAUUGGCCCAAGGAAACAGCACAGAGCCGAUGCCGAGCAAGGCCCUCACCGAGGACCUCUUGCAGGAGAACGCGCGCUUGCGGGCGGAGGUCGAAGCGCUCAGGGUGCCGAGGGCGGCAGUGGCGGAGACGGAUCCCGCCGCGGAGGAGCCCGCCGCACCAAGCGGUGGCAACAUCACGGCUGAGGCGCAGAGCCGUGGCAGCAGCGCCAGCGCAGCACCGGCUGCACCAGUGACGUCCGCGACUGCAGGCGGAGGUGGUGGCUGGUUUGGCUGGUUGAAGAAGUGGGGUGGGCAAAAGAAGGUCGGUGGCAACGGAACAGGCAUUGCACAGAGCGGUACCGACAGCAGAAAUUUUGCACAGGGUGGUGGUAGUAGUGCUUCCGUUGCACAGGAUGGUGGCAAUAGCACGAGCUCUGCGGAGAGCGGUGCCGUUAGUGCAGACGUUGAUCAGAGCGGUGGCAAUCGCACAGAUGUUGCACAUAAUGGUGAGAACAGUGCUAAUCUCGCAUUGGCAAGGGAUGAGACGGCUCCAGCAGCUUCAGAUCUGCCGAGCUCCACCGAGAUGACCAACGUGGCCCCAACGUCCAGCCUGGCGCCCAGAGGAUCUGCGGCUGCAGUCGGCGACCCGCACCUGCAGAACAUCCACGGCGAGCGUUUUGACCUGAUGAAGCCUGGGAAGCACGUGUUGAUCCGCAUCCCACGGAGACCGCGUGCUGGGAACGUGCUGCUUCGCGUCGAUGCCCUGGUGCGUCGACUGGGUGGCAACUGUGCGGACAUGUACUUCCAGGAGCUGAACAUAUCAGGGUCCUGGGUCCCUGGCGGUCAGACGGCUGGUUUGCAUUUCAGAGCUCACGGUGCACCCCGCGAGCACGCGAGGUGGCUCAAGCUGGGGAUGAUCGAGGCAAAAGUCGCGCACGGGAGAACUCUGCAGGGCCAGCAUUAUCUGAAUUUUUACGUCAAGCACCUAGGGCGCGCAGGGCUUCCGAUCGGAGGGCUGCUCGGAGAGGACGACCACACGGAGGAGUCUGUGCCGUCGGAGGCAUGUGCGCAUCGCCUUUCCCUUCUUCAGUAUUCGACUCCCGCCUCUGAAGGUGCGUUCUUGUCUUCGCUUGCAGAGGCAAGCUUGGCGUGA